UUACAAUUAAGAAUAAAAAGAAGAGUGAAGAACUAAUAGAGAGAAGAAAUCAGAAAUAUAUUAUAUCUAUUCUCAUAAUCUCUGUGUAGUUUUUCUCUCAUUUUAUAACACGUUAUCACCACGAAUUUGCUCAAAAUCUCAGGAAACCUUGUUCUUCUCAGAAGGUAUAUUUAUUUUAUUUUCUUCAUAAAUAAACUAAAAUAUUUUCUUAAAAACUAUGAAAACUCGUUAUGGGCAGUGAUAGUGCUGAUAGUGCGAAGGGAAACAAUCGCAGAAGAUGGCAUCUUUAGAAACCCUAAAAAAGUUGAUCGAGCAACAAAGAUCGAUUAAUCUCCACAUGUUGGAACAAAACAAGAAGAUUGAAGAUCAAUUCAGUUAGUUGAUGAAACUACGAAAGGUAUUGAAUCUACAGUUAAUGGAACGCAUAAGGAGGCUUCAUGGAGGAUCGUCUGAUUCUAAACAACAGUGGAUGAAGAGAUUGGACACAGAAACAUUCCCCAAUUCCAAGCAAGAACGGAUCAGAAAAAUAGAUGAAGGUAAUCAUAGACUACUCAAUUUCAAUACUAUGGUGGUACUUCUUCAAUUUGAUGGAACAGAUGUUCAACUUUGGAUUAGAAAGUGUGCAAAAUACGUUGAUGCUGUGUGAGAUUUUGGAAGAGAAAAAAGUACAUUUAGCUUCUGUGUAUAUGAUUGGAAAAGCCAAAUUAUGGUUCGAUAGUUAUGUGAUGAUCAAGAAUCAAAACAUAGCUUUAAUUGGGAGGGUUUUGUGGAAGAUCUAAUUCCAGAUUCGGAAAUGAUAUAGGUUUAAAAAUAGUUUAGUCUAGCAGAUUGCAUCAAAUGGAAUGCCUGGAAUAUGUUGAUGAGCAUAAAACACUGAGAGCUAGUAUGAUGUUAAAGAAGCCAUUGCUGCUAGAGCAACACGUGUUGGAUGGUUCUGUAGGAUGAAUCAUGCCUCAUUAUGAGGCCAAUGUGAGGGCCUUUAAUCUUGGACCCUUUGCAGAAGCUGGAGAGUAUACGAGCUACCAAGAGGAACCAGUACAAGUUAAGUCAAUAAUCAGCAUCAGCAAGGCCUUAUUUUCAACACCUAGGCUUAUUCCAGAUGCAAUAGAAGAAUAGCAAGACCGGGUGAUUAAGCUACUAUCGAAUAGCAACAGAGCUUGGUUUCCUAUUUCCCCAAUUAAGUCUGUCAGUUUAUCGAUAAAAAGGUUCGUACCGAGUGGGGUUGGAGUGGAGUGAAUACUUGCUGCAAGUGUAGCUAGCUAGUACAAGGAGUAUUCCAGUUGCAUGAAGGCUAUGCUAUUUUAAUGACAAGCUCUUUGAAAGGGGACACAAAUGGGACUGCACCAAGCUAGAAAUAGAGUUCACAUGGAGAGGUAGUAGUCAUGUUCUAAGAGAAAUGAAACAUGGGGUGGCAAUAACACGAGUAUAACCUGCUGUGAUUCAAAGGGCUGUUGGAGAUACCUACUGAUUCAAGCAAGAUGAGAGUUUUAAAUGGUUGGACAACCCCCAGCCGUGAGGAGUUAUGGGCAGUAGCAGUGGUGUUUGCUAGGCAAUGGUGUGCUCAAUUUAUGACACUAACUCACCCUUGCACUGUUGUGGUAGUAGCUCAAGGAUGCCUUGUGAUUCAUGGGGUGGGCUGGCUAAGUUUCUUUCCCAUCACUCCCAAUUGAAGAGACCUACUAGAGUGAUCAGCAAGGGUUUGGAAACCUACCUCCGGUGCAGGAGAAGCUUCCACAAUCCAAGGAAAUUGUUAGCCAAACCCUUACAGCAGAGGGAGAUAAGGGUUAGACUACUAAGAUAUCAGUGGCAAGGAGAUCAGAAUAGAAGACAUCACCUAGCCAUCUAACACAAAUCUGACAAGGAGUUGGCAUCGGGAGAUUGGAUAUGGCCUGAGCUGCAUCCCUACUUGCAAACCAAUGUACAACAAGGCACUGUUAAGAAGUACAUUGAGAUAGUGGCAGUGGUAUGUGAUGCGCUGCAGUGGGAACAUUCCCCACAUGUGCCAGGCCAAGCAAGAAGAGAAGCAAUAUUGAUAAUGCUUAGAAGUAUGCACUGCUGGGGAAAAGUGCACAUGAGGGUUUCUGUCUUUGUGAGGAGGGGUUUAGUUUGGCAGGAUUGCAAGAAUGAUGGCUCUACCUAGGUCUAUUUCAACUCUUGGAGAUUCCCAUAUAAGUUUGGAAAGCUGUCUUGAGCAAGAUGAAUUUAGGAGUGGGACACCACCAGAUAAAGAUUGGAAGCCAAGAUACCCAGAAGUCCUAUCUCAUGGAAUCAGUGUUGAUAAUUGUUUAUGAUCUCAUGGUGUAUAAGCCCAUAUGGAAAUCCCAUCACAAUCACUUGAAAGAAGUGUUCAAAAUCAGGAGACACGUGUUGCUGCAACUAUCCAACUCACACAGAUCUGACAAAGAGUUGGUAUGUGGAAAUUGGGCCUGGCUUAAACUUCAACCCUACAAACAGCUUAGUGUGCAAUCUACUCAAGACAAAAGUCAGGCAGUAUAUCCUACUUCUCAGCCUAAAGUCUUCAGAGGAGAGUUACCUAGUAUGAGGAUGGUUGGAUGUUUUUGCACAAAGAUUUCCAGAAUUUAAGCUUUGAGGACAAAGCUUUAGCUAAGGGGGAAGGAAUGAUGCAGUCAUAAUGCUUCAGCCAUUUUCUCUAUACUUUUACCUUGUUAUAUUUCCGACAUGUAAGUUGGAAGUGUGUGGAACUCUUUAAAUACUAUCCUUAUCACCAAUAACAAUAACAAGAAGAUAUUUCU